AUGCUCCGACUCGUUACAUUUGGGGAACCACGAACUGGAAAUGUAGCAUUUGCCAGAGAAGUUGAGGAGAAUGUACCUUUUCGAUAUCGAGUUGUCAAGAGGAACGAUUUUGUAACAAGUAUUCCAAGAUCAGUCGACCCAGCGGCAUCUCUCAUGGUAGCAACGGCAUUCGAACGGCAACCUUUGUUUUACCGGUUCCUGGUGCACUAUAACAACAACAUGAAAAAAGGAGACAGUUUCAAGGUAAUCUGCUCAGAAACAGAUCAAUAA